AUGAUCCCUAACCCCGUCUCAGUUUUUCCACACAAGAUGCCAGCACUAUCCCGGGUUAUCCCGACCACGACGGCCUAGCUCACGGCGCAAACAGCGAUAAGAUCCGGCACAAAGACGAAAGGCUUUGUCUCAAACCGAGCGCGUCCUUUCAUAGUCGAAUCGUGUGCUCAGAGGCUUUAGAGUAGGACACUCGGUGUAGUAGACAGCGUCGCGAUUUGGGACGGAGUGCUGGAUUGGGUGGACGGGGAUGAAUGCCAGCUCUGCUGAUAUUUCCUCUCAUUGUUGUCCUGUGUGCUGACGUGAACUGGUCACGCUGAGGCAUUGUGUGGAACGCUGAAAGGCAUUAUCACGUACCUGUAUGUACACAAAUAGAGAUGCUGCUGAGGGAACGACUGUUUACAGCUGCCGUAACGUGCUGGUUUCAAAGGCGUUCCACAAUCGUAAAUGUAACGAUAAAUGGAUAAAGAGUGGGAUGUGGUGUUCAUUAAGUAAUAAAAAAUUGUAACUGUCGGCAAAUCCUUUCAGUAGUUACGAUGUUAUAGGAACUUAAGAGUCUUUUUCCUUCGUCACACCACCACGCUGCCUCAGGUGGUAGAGUUUUUUCUAGAGCAGCGCAACACUGUGUUUUAUUGCUUACUUAGCUAUGGUUUUGUGAAACGGACAAUAUUCUAACGCGUGAAAUAGGACUGCAAAAUCUUUUCAGGGUAAUUUGUGGUAUAAAUCCUUUAUUAACACUUUAUUUGCUCUUUGAAAGCAAUAAUAAGUCCCUUGUUUCAUGAAUGCCUGUUACUGCUGAUGUUUGUUUUGAGCAGUAGAUGGCACUGUUACAGAAUAAUUCAUCCUGCAGUAGAAGCGAGUCUGAUGUUGUCUUGGACAGGUUUGAUAUGUUUAGUGAUCCGGGCCGGAUUGAAUCAGGGAUUGUUUUCCUACAGCAACGGCGAUCAUCCUGUAAUAAAGAGAAUUCUCUCUCUGAGUGUUUCUCAAAGCAGGACUCGGCGUGUCCUGUAUUCCAUUUGCUUUGGGGGACGGUCGUGACUUUUGAUUUAAAGCGGCGGUCUGGAGGAAAAUAAAGAAAGAAAUGUACACAAAUUCCCUUUUUAGAUUCAUUCGAUCUGCCAAAGACAGGCUUAGUGUUUGAGCUUUGCUUCUUUGGCUUCACCGUGGAACUACAGUAGCUAUGAGUCUGAUCUAGUCGAACUGUCUCACCCAAAAUCUUUAUAUUCUUGCUCUAAAUGACGUGCUUAAACUACAUAAUCUCAUUUUGGAAUAACUGUGUAAAACAGCACCAGGGAUGGACCAAGUACUGAGUAACUAUACUUAAUUGAAGGUAUAGAAAAUCAAAACGUGUAGUCAACUGAAAGUUAAAAAGAAAAGUUGCUACUUUUAAGUUUUAAAAGGAAAAAAGUACAUGUUCUAACAGUUGAAAUUAAGUUAGUCGUAUUUUCAUGUGUCAGAGUUUUAUUACGUAUUUAAAACGAUGCUGUUUUGCCUGAAAACUUCAUUCAGUCUCUGCAAGUUUGCAGUGUUAACCAUUAGCUCGAAUUUGAUUUGAUUGCUAAGCUAGGUAUGCUAACUACUGGAUUUAAUGCUAGUCUAACCUCGCAUUAGCAAAGAAAACAGGCGUAGUGCUAAUUACAGUUGGUCAUAGAUUACAGUAGGUUUACAGUAGGUCAUAGGUCAUAGUGUUGAUUGCAGUAGGUCAUAGGUCAUAGUGCUGAUUACAGUAGGUCAUAGGUCAUAGUGCUGAUUACAGUAGGUUUACACUAGGUCCUAGUGUUGAUUACAGUAGGUCAUAGGUCAUAGUGUUUAUUACAGUAGGUUAUAGGUCAUAGUGUUGAUUACAGUAGGUCAUACGUCAUAGUGUUAAUUACAGUAGGUCAUAGGUCAUAGUGCUGAUUACAGUAGGUCAUAGGUCAUAGUGUUGAUUACAGUAGGUCAUACAUCAGUGCUGAUUACAGUAUGUCAUAGGUCAUAGUGUUGAUUACAGUAGGUCAUAGGUCAUAGUGUUGAUUACAGUAUGUCAUAGGUCAUAGAGCUGAUUACAGUACUUUUACACUAGGUCAUAGGUCAUAGUGUUGAUUACAGUAGGUCAUAGGUCAUAGUGUUGAUUACAGUAUGUCAUAGGUCAUAGUGCUGAUUACAGUAGGUUUACACUAGGUCAUAGGUCAUAGUGUUGAUUACAGUAGGUCAUAGGUCAUAUUGUUGAUUACAGUAGGUCAUAGGUCAUAGUGCUGAUUACAGUAGGUUUACACUAGGUCAUAGGUCAUAGUGUUGAUUACAGUAGAUCAUAGAGUGUUGUGCAGAUUUAAAGUGAAACUUGAUGUUGUGCUGUUUUAGGGUGGUGUGAUGAAGUGGAGUUACUGCUCUCACUGUUAUCACAGUUGAUCAUUAUUCCGCUGAUACUGCAGCACAGCACAGUGUCUGUUUAUUAGCAGUUUGUAAUGUUCUGGUUCACAAGCGCUGACCUGACACUGGAGACUCCUUCCAUAAAUGUUUCAUAAACAUCUCCUUACAGAAAACGUCACCGUGUUUACUCAUAGAUCGGCAGUUUAAAAAAAAAAAAAAAUGCUUAUUACAAUUUUAUUGUUUAUUGUUACUAUAGAAAGGAGAAGGUAUUAGAACGAGGGCAUUGACCAAUCCGAAUCCCCAGACCCCACUAUGAGAACCGAGGCUCUGAUCCGUCUGUGGUGAACAAUAAGAUUCAGAUGAUGUACCCUCGGUAUCAGUCUUCUCCCCUCUCUGCAGUAGAAACCCUGCGUCCACAGCGAGCAUUCACGUUAGAGGUCACAUUGCUGAGAGAAAGCGGCGAAGUCAGCAGUCUGACUGGAAGGAGAUGUCCUUCCUUACAAACACACUCUUCAGCUGAUCGGAGUCUGAAUCGGAUUCCCCACCUGGCACAGGAUGGCAUCAUCUGCCCGCCAGUACGGACGCUCGGCCAGGGACAUCGCCAGCGUGAUGCAGAGGCUGCAGGACGAACAGGAGGCUGUACAGAAGCGGACUUUUACCAAAUGGAUCAACUCCCAUCUGGCAAAGCGUGACCCGCCCCUGGUGGUGACGGACCUGUACGAGGACAUUAAGGAUGGCGUGAUGCUGUUAGCACUUCUGGAAGUGUUGUCCGGACACAAACUGCCGUGUGAGCACGGCCGCAAGCUCAGAAGGAUCCACUGGCUGGCCAACGUGGGAACGGCGCUGCACUUCCUCGAGGGCAGGAGGUCUGUGUACAGAGGAUCUCCGAUCAAACUGGUGAACAUCAACACCACGGAUGUUGUAGACGGCAGGCCAUCGAUUGUCCUGGGCUUGAUCUGGACCAUCAUAUUAUAUUUCCAGAUUGAGGAACUCACCAGCACACUACCGUCUCAGAAUGUGCAGACUAGCAGCACGUCCUCGGUGGACAGCUCCAACAGCACAGAUGCGACCAGCCCACCUGUCAAACGCAAGCCACGCCUCUCCUUCCAGGGCGGAGCCAAGAAGGCUCUGCUUAAAUGGGUUCAGAAAACCGCUACCAAGAGACUGGGUCUGGACGUCAGGGAUUUCGGUCCUAGCUGGCGUUCCGGCGUAGCGUUCCACGCCGUCAUCUUCGCUUUGCGUCCUCAGCUGGUGGACAUGGAGCGCGUGUGGAACCGACCCAACAGAGCCAACCUGGAGGAGGCGUUCUCACUGGCCGAGAGAGAGCUGGGCAUCCCGCGCUUGCUCGACCCGGAGGACGUGGACGUCGAUAAACCGGACGAGAAGUCCAUCAUGACGUACGUGGCUCAGUUCCUGAAGCAUCAUCCGGACUCGGCGGAGACCGACAGCGUCAGACAUGAGGAGGAGCGUGAACAGAGGAGCGUUCUGAGGGAGCUGAAGGUCUGGGCCGAUCAGAUGGACAGGGACUGCGCUGAGGCUCAGACGGACGCCGGAGAUCUCAGUCAGCAGUACCAGGUCUUUAAGCAUUACCGUGUGCAGUAUGAGUGCAGGAGGAGACAAGUGGAGUCCUGCAUUCAGUCCACUCAGAAGGACGGCAUGCUCACUUCAGACCAAGCUCUGGUUAAGCAGGCCUGGGACAGAUUGUCUGCCAGGCUCCUGGAGUGGCAUGUGCAGCUGGAUGGUGGGUUGCCAGAUCCUCUGGGUUGUGUAGGUGUGUGGCUGCAUCAGGCAGAGAAGAUCCUUCGAGAGGAGCUGGUUCUUCAGCAGAGCCACGAGGAGACCGCCAAUGCCAUCCACCGAACACGGCAGCUCCAUCAGGAGGUCCUCCGCCUCGUUGAAAUGCACCGGCAGACCUUCCAGCGCGUCCACAGGGACCGGAGCGUCGGCGGCGUUCCUGUACCAGCCGAGCAGCUCCAAGACAUGGCGGAGAGAUUGAACUACGUAUCUACCUCCUCACACAUUCAUCUGAGCAAACUGGAAUUCUGGGAGUGGAGGUUCCGCAUGCUGGGCUUCCUGUCGCUGGGCGAAUCCAAGCUGAAGUCCUGGAUAGUUAAAUAUGGACGACGAGAAACAACCGAGCUUCUGCUCCAGAGCUACAUGUCAUUCGUCGAAGGUGAGCACUUUUUCCAAAAGUACGACUCCAUCUACGAGGCUCUAAAGCAGUCCGCCUCGCUUUACAUCAGCGCCGACACUUCAGUUGAGAAGAGGGUGAAGCGCUUCCUGAGGGACGUGGCUGAUCAGUGGAGGAGUCUGGCUGUGGAGGUGCGCAGCGUCAGGUCCAUGCUGGAGGAGGUGCAGGGGAACUGGGAGAAGUACAGCGGCUGCGUGGCGUCUCUGCAGGCCUGGCUGGAGGACGCCGAACGAGCGCUGAGACAGCCGGAGAACACUAAACGAGAGUUCUUCAGGACUCUUCCACACUGGAUGGAGAAUCACGCCGGCAUGAACGCCGCAGGAAAUUUCCUCAUCGAGACGUGUGAUGAAACCGUGGCUCGUGACCUGAAGCACCAGCUGCUGCUCCUCAACGGGAGAUGGAGAGAUUUAUUCAGUAAAGCCAAACAGUACACUCGCCUUCACGAGACUCCGACUCACAGCGAGACCGAGCUGCAGGACGCCGUCAAGGCUCUCCGAGACUUUUUAGAAACGUCUACAUCCAAUCUUUCCUCACCUGUCCAGGUGUCGCUACCGGACGUCAGAACGUUCAUGAGGAAUGUUCAGGAGCUGAAGCACAGGCUUCCAGCGAUGGAGGUGAGAUACAAAGCGGCCGCUCGCACGGCUCAGCUCUGGACCAGAGACCCCGGCAGCGGGGAUGGAAAGCAAGUCCUCGCUACUAUGGCGGCGAUUAAAGGGCAGCUAUACAAGUUGAAGGAGAAAUGUCCGCUGGUGCUGAGAGAGUGUCACACUGUACUUCCUGUCUUAGAAGAGCUGGAGGGACAAAUCUCAGCUUUCUAUCAGAUAGCCGAUCACGCAGGUCACAUCAUCGCCCAGCAGCACGACCAGCAUAAAAACCAGGAGUUGCUGUCGCAGCAGCAGAGCUGUAAGCGGUGUGUGUGCGCGGUGGAGCGCAGUUACCUGGCCCUGCAGAGGGCGCUCUGCUGCACGAAGACUCUGUACAACUUCGACGCGUCUCUCCUGCAGAACAGAGUCACCGAGCUCCAGACCACCUCCCAGGCCCUGAUGCAGGAGGCGUUGGAGUGGAGGAGGGUCGCGGAGGCUAACGGUAACCUGACACGCCGCUUCGAGGAGACUCGCGCCGAGCUGGAGAAGACGCUGAGGGUGGGCCAGGCGUGUCUGAUAGAGAGAGGAGACCCUGCUGAGCUCUUCAGCAAACACAGCGACUUCUUUAGCCGACUGGACCAGCGAGUGUUGAACGCAUACCUGAAGGCGUGCGAUGACCUCACCGACAUCUUACCCGAGGAGGAACAGCAGCGUCUACAGGAGUCCGUCAGGAGGCUGCACAAACAGUGGAAGGACAUCCAGGCCGAAGCGCCGGCUCACCUGAUGAGGCUGAGAGCGGAGGCGGAGAGGCGCUUAGUGAUGACAUCACUGCAGGAGUGCAGGGCGGAGCUGCAGAGAGAGGAGAAGAUGCUGGCUACCGCCGGCAGCGAGAGAGUGAUCCGAGAACACAGGGCUUUUUUCCGGAACAAGAACCCUAUUUCUGCGUGCGAGAGGAGACUGAAGACGAUGGAACAGCUCUGCCAGAAACUUCCGGAAAACGACGCGACGCAGAAAGCCCUACCGGAGACCAGAGACAGCGUAUCGGAGGUCAAAGGCGAAGUGGAACGUGCGCACGUGAGACUCCAGGAGAAUCCGGACAAGUGGAGCGAGUGGCACCGCAGGUUCGGCGAACUCUCGGCCUGGAUCUCGUCCCAGCACAGAGACGGAGAGAGCCUCGCCGUGCAGCGUGAGGUGCAGAGGGCUCAGGAGGACGCCCUGUCCUGGCUCACGGCUCGUCUGGAGGUGCUGGAGGAGCUGAGCCCUGACGCCGAAGCCGUGACUCGGAGGAUGGCGCUGGACGAGCUGGCGCACGCGCUCACCACCCUGCUGUCCUCUCUAGAUGAAGCGAUGUCUCUAGACGGGAACAGUGAGAGAGGAGAGGAGGAGGAGGACGUGCUUCAGACGCAGGAACACAGCCGAAUCCUGAAUGCAGACAGCGUAGCGGCAGCCAGGCAGCUGCUUCUGAUUCAGCAGCCGAAGUCGCAGCAGAAGAGAAAAGGAUGUCCGGGCGAAGCAUCGUUUCUUGGUGAGGAGAACAGAGAAGAGUGCAGCUGGGCAGCACAAGAUAAACAUCUACAGGCCACCGUGAGCGCCUGGCAGGAGAUCGAGCUGGACCGAGAGGCCGUGUGGCAGUUCGUGUGCAGCGCGACUCCUGUCCUGCAGAGAGAGUUGAUAUUCAGCAGCCUGGAAAACCUCACCGAUCACCUGGAUUACGCUCGCGAGCUUCAUACACAGGCUGGCGUGUUCUUCGAGAAGACCGAGUCACUGAUGAGAAAGGCGUCUGAGAUUCAGUCGGGUUCGGAGAGCUAUUCUGUGCUGCGCGAGCAGGCGAGAGCGGCUCAGAGGACAGUGCAGGACACACAGGACCGGCUCGGGAAAACGAUAUCAGAGCUUGGUGAGAUGCAGGCACGAUGGCAGCAUUUCAGCCGUGAGUCAGAAGCGCUCUCCUCCUGGGUGUGUGAGAGAGAGAAGGAGCUGGAGGCUGUAGACGGCAACACUGCUGCCUUGGAACGACAGAUUCACGCUGUGGAGGUGAUGGAGGCAGGUUUAGAGGAAAAGAAGGACAUCUUGAGUCAACUGGAGGCGGAGUCUCGUGCUCUGACUCGUUUCGUCACUCCUGCAGAGGCAGAGCAUAUUAAAGCUCGUUUAAUGCAAAUCAGCACUAACUGCGAGGAGCUUACAAACAGCGUGAAGUGGCGAGGGGCGGAGCUUCGGGCCAGCUUGUCGCAUAAACUGAAGUUAUCUGAGGAUAUGGAUGAGGUUAAAAGUGCACUCAGAGAUCUGGCAGAGAAGUUGAAUAAACCAGUUACAGGCUGCACAUCAACAUCCGGGACGUACCAAGCUCUUCAUGAGCAUAUGGAUGCAUGGCAGGCUCUUAAGCUCCUGCAGCCCAAACUGGUGUCACUGAGCCUGGGUUUGAGAAGGAUAUCUAAUAAAGAUCAGAUGGAGAAAGAAGUAUCAGACCUCCAGCAGGCUCAUGUACAAUACUCUAAUAAGGCUGCCAGGAAACAAGCCAAACUGGAGGACCUGUUGACUCGGUGGCAGCAAUAUGAAAGAGGACUCUCGGUUCUCCAGGGCUGGUUGGACAGUUCGGAGAACCUCUGUAAAUCCGAUACUCCAUACCUGAUCACGGAUAAAGCCAGACUCCACAGCCAGCUACAAGCACUCCAGGACCUGCAGAGUGAGGUUCCCACUCAAGAGUCUUUGCUGGAGAAGUUGGAGACCCAGGCCAAGUUUCUGUACCCCGUAGCAUCAGAGGAACGAGUGGGAGAACUGACAGAGCUUCACUGCAACCUGGAGGAGAGGUGGUGUUCUCUCAGUGUGAGCAUCCCUCUCAGGAUUCAAGAACUUCAGGCACAUCUUUCUCAGCUUGAGCAGUUUAACCAGGUCCUAAUGACCCUCACUCAGUGGAGUGAAAACUUCCUCAGGCAGCUGAGAUACAGGUCCAAAGUCACCAUUACUGACUUGACAUCUUUUUGUACCCAGAUCAAGGAUGAUGAAACUCUUCUCCAAACCCAAAGCAAAGCAAUGGAGGAACUGAAGAAGCACAUGGAGGGAUUAAGUCCUUCCUUGGCUCCAUUGGAUAUUCACCGAUUACAGGCCAAACAAGAAGACUGUCUCCAGCCCUUCUCAGAGGCUAAGAGUCUUCUGCAGAACCGUUCUGAGGCUCUGGUUAAACUUGAGACCUUCUUGGUGACGUAUAGGUCCACCACCAGUUCACUCCAGACCCUGCAGAGAGCUGUAGGACAGGCAAACUGGGACCAAACCAAGGAUAGGAACCUGAACCAGGAACUAGAGCAGUUGUCCCAGGAGUUAGCCUCAGUGGAGGUGCAGGCUAUAAGUCUGGACAGCAGCCUGAACAAGGCAUAUCUACACUUGCACGGCACCGAUGGGGACAGGACGUCCUGCCGGGGGCUGGUGGAGGAUCUGGGAUCAGGACUGCAGCAGAUUCAGAGGAGCAUGGGGACAAGGCAGAGCGAGGCCGAAGCUCUAGGAGCCAUGUGGAGCUCCUUUACGAGAAGAAAGGAGCUGCUUUUGAGGAGCCUGACGGAGCUGGAGGAUAGAGCCAGAAAACCAUGGUUUCCAGAACCAAGCACACAGAAAUUCCAACAAAGACUGUGGAUGCUGAACCAAUUGGAGGAGGAGCUGGAGGCUCUGCAGCACAGUCAGCUGUGGUUAGGCGAGAAAGGCGAGCAGUUGGCUCACAGAGACCCUGAGAAGGUCCGGGAGACCCGGCGGGAUGUGAGCCUUGUCCAAACCAGCUGGGAGAAAAUUAAGAACGUCAUCUCAGAGGAGCAGGAGAAGUGCAGAGUGCUGGUGGAGAUGUGUAAGGAUUACCAGACUCUGAAGUCCAAACUCGGCUCGGUUCUCGAAAGAGCUCAUGCCGUCACCGGUACCCGGUCUGUCCAGCACAGCCCUGAGGACAUCCGGAGAUCCCUGAACCGGCUGGAGGCGGUGAGGUCAGAGUCGGCAGGCGCUCGGGACGACCUCGAUUUGUUCAUCUGUAAAAGCAAAUCCUUCAUCGGCGAGCUGAGGAACCUUCCAGAAGACAUCGCGGAAGCAGUCCGCGUGGAAACGGACACUAUUGUGGAGCAGUGGAUGAAUACAUCAGCGAGGAUGGAAACCGAAGCGGAUCGUCUUACAUCCGCCCUCGAGUUAUGGAACGAGGUUAACUCGAUCGUUAACGACGUCGAGUGUUGGAGCGCCACCUCGGUCAGCGAGCUCGGUGACGGACCCGUGAACGUCUUAUCCAGUGCCAACAUGGAGGACUGCCUCUGUCAGUUUAAGCUGGAGAUCGAGAGCAAAAAGUUGCUAAUGGAGACCCUGCAAGGAAAGGUUACCGAGCUACAGGAAGUGACGAAGGACCAGCAAACUGACAGCGAGCUCCAGGCGAUGGCAGCUGAUCUGAGGAAGAAGAUCUUCCAUGCUGAAGAGGUUUAUGAGCAGGCCAGGUCCAUCCUGAGGGACUUCAGCUGUCAGAGCCGGCAACUCCAGGACGUGAUUUCCCAGAUGGCUGAACAGCUGGACACCGUCGAGAGCACAUUGUCAGAGCUAUCGCAGUCAUCUGACCCAGAAAAUGUGCCCAAGAUAAAGGAGCUCCAGAAGACUCUGAAGCAGGUGGACGGCGGUUUGGACGUGACGGCCGAGUCUCUGCGAGUGCUCUGUAGAGCUUACCCGGCUCAGCAGCUGACCGCUCUGGGUGAGAGCGUCACCGAGCUGGUGAAGCGGAGCGAAGCGGCCGCUCGGCGUUCCGACCGGAUCCUCCGAACGCUACAGGAAACGCUCCUGCACGGUUUUAACGAACUCGCACAGGAUUUCCACACUUGGCUCUCGGAGCUGAGAGCAGGUACCGAGGAGUGCCCUGACGACGCAGGAGACAUUCCUGACGUUACCGCUCUGCUGCACAGGCUCAAGGUGUCUCUGGAGCAGGUCAGAGAGGGUGAGGAACGCCUGAACAGACUUCAUGAAGAAGAAGAGAAGCUCCUUACACACCUGUCUAGAUCUGCGGCUGGAGGGGUGCUGGAGCGUCUGGCCUCGUGUCAGCAGGCGCUGGAUGGAUUUACCGUGGCCUGCAGACAGAGAGUGCGGUGUUUAGAGGAGAGCGCCGCCCUACAGGACGGGUUGGAGGUGUGUGUUGACGAGUUGAGAGGCUGGCUGCGGCAGAUGGAGGAAAGCCUGCAGAAAGAGGUAGCUCUGUGUGGAGCGAGCCAGCCAGGAGUCCCUGAUUUCUCCAUACAGCUAAAGAGAGUGGAGGAAAUCCACAAAGAGCUGCUCGCAAGAAGGUCAUCUCUGGAGCGUCUGUAUCAAGCCUCUCUACCCCUGUCCGAGGUAAACAGCGUCCCAGCCGAGCUCCUUUCUUCCCAUCAGGCUCUGCUUCAGGAGGCAUGGACUCGACUGCGCCACCUGCAGGAGUACCAGGCCUUCGGGGAGGCGCUGAGGGCGGUGGAGGACUGGCUGGAGGAGGUGAAGGGCAGGCUGGAAAAGCUGGAGAGCACCGAGGGGAACAAAGAGGAGGUGGAGGGGAGACUGGAACGAGUGCAGGAUAUCCUGUUAAUGAAGGGUGAGGGAGAGGUAAAGCUGAACAUGGCUGCUGGGAAGGGCGAGCUUGUCAUAAAAAGCAGCGGAGACGGGGGACAGGAAGUGAUCAGUUCUAAGCUACAGGAAGUGGAGGACGCCUGGGCGCAACUGCUCUUGAGGGCUAUGAGCUGCCACAGCCGUCUGGAGUGGACCGUGAGUCAGUGGGGGCUGUUUGUGGAGUCUCAAUCUCAGCUCAGGACCUGGUUGGAGGAGGUGGAGGCGGAGGUUAAAGGUCCUCUGGAGCCUCAGCUGGGUCUCCGAGAAAAGAGGCAGCAGCUGGAUAGACUGUGCCUGCUCUCGGCCGACGUAGAGGACCACCAGGGGGCGCUGUGUUAUUUAGAGGAGAGCGCCGCCGAGCUGUACAAGCGCACCGGAGACCCGGCGUUCAAGGAGGAGGAGACCGCUCAGCUCAGGGCGCAGUUUGACGACGUCAGAGCCGCCGCAGAGGAGAGAGUCCGUCUAUCAGAAGGUGUCGUUUUCGAGCACGAGAAGUACAUGGCGACGGUGAGAGAGCUCACCGAUUGGCUAAUGUCCAAAGGGGAGGAGCUUCAAAGGUGUUCCGACCCAUCCGGUGACUCCGCCUCAGUCGAGAGGAAGCUGAUGGAAGUUCGGGAGCUGGUGGCGCAGGGAGCGCGCGAGGGGCGCGAGCGUCUGCGGCGCGUGCGGCUGAGCGCGGAGAGCGCGUGCAGGCUGACGGCGGCGGCGGGCUGCGAGCUCAUGGACGGAGAGGUGCUGGCGCUGGCGCGCGCCCUGCGGCAGUGGGAGGGGCAGGCACUGAGGGCGCGCGACACCCUGGAGAACGCCGUCACGGUGGCGACCGGGGCCGAGCGCGAGCGGCUUCGGCUCGCCGAACAGCUCGAGGAAGACACGGGGCGUCUCGAGCGGCAGCUGAGGGAGUGGAGCGACGGGCUGAAGCGCUCCGAGAGGCGGAACAGCGGCGCCGAAGCGGUGGAGGGCUGGACCGUCGCUAAGGGUGUCCUGGAAGGCCUACAAGCAGUUGAAGUCAUGGAGGAGAAGCUGAAAGCUCAACUCAACGAGCUGUGUGGGUUUUCCAGUGAUCUGGGUGCUCAGUCAGAGCGGGUCAGCGCGCUCAUCAAACUGCACAACAGUCUGAGUCUGCGAGCGGCUCGUGAGUGUCAGAAUAAGGAGAAGCUGCUGGAGCAGCGUUUCCGCUCGUCUCUGCGGGAUUUCCGUCAGUGGCUGGUCAACGCCAACAUCUCCACGGCUAAAUGCUUCGACUCUCCUCACAGCAUUCUGGAAGCUUCCACCAGCCUCCAGAGGAUUCAGGAGUUCCUGAGUGACAGCGAGCAGGGCCAAGCCCGAUUAAACGGCGUGCUCUCCCACGGGGAUCGGCUCGGCGCCGUGGUGUCCGCUGACAGGGUGGAGGCGGUCAGGGCUAAAGCCAACGCCGCCAAGGAUGACUGGAGGAACCUGAUGGACAACCUGAAGCAGAGAGAGACCGUUUUACAGGGUCUGCAGUGUCAGAUGCAGGAGUUCGAGGCGAGUGUGGAGCCUCUUCAGGACUGGAUCAACAGAACAGAGAUCAGUGUACAGGAGAGCAGCGCUCGUCUUCACGAUCUCCCCGCUAAGAGACUGGAGCUGAGCAAACUGCAGUCGGUGUUGGAGGAGAUGGGCUCCAGGGAGUCGGAGCUGGGAACGCUGAGAGAGCGAGCUCACAGCCUGUGGGAAGGUCAGGCUGCUGGCAAAGGCUUCGUGCACCGGGUCUGUCAGCUUGCUGCGCGCUACCUGGCCCUGAGCAACCGCACUAAGGAGAAGGUCUCCAGAGUGGAGCGUGUAGUGGGGGAGCAUCAGCUCUUCUCCCAGGGCUUACAGGAACUUCAGAGCUGGGUUUCAGAAGCCCGGCAGAUCCUCGAGACCUGCCGAGCUCCCACCGCUGACAAGAGUGUGCUGCUUACCAGAAUGAGCCAGCUCGAGGAGCUGUUGGCGGCACGCCAGGAACGGGAGAUCCAGCUGAAGAUGCUCAUCACCAGAGGGGAAGCGGUGCAGAGGAACACCUCGGCCGAGGGGGUACCCGUGGUUCGCAAACAGAUCCAGGACCUGAAAGACUCCUGGGACUCACUUCUCUCCGCCUCGAUUCAGUGUAAAAGCCAGCUGGAAGGCGCGUUGUCUCACUGGACCAGCUAUCAGGAGGACGUGAGCCAGUUCGAGGGCUGGCUGGAACGAGUGGAGGAGAGUCUGGGGGACUCGGAUAAACACUACACCGAGAUGAGGGAGAAGACGGCGAAUUUACGCAAGGCGAAGCUGCUUUAUGAGGAAGUGCUGAGUCACACGAGCCUGUUGGAGACCAUCGCCACGAAGGGCUCCAACCUCCCCGAGCACUCGGCCACUCAGCGGGAGGUACAGAAGCUCAGCGAGCAAUACGGAGCGAUCAAGGACAAAGCCAAGGCCGCUGUCGGGAAGGCGGAAGAGCUGGUCCUGGUCCAUCAGGAGUACCAGCGAGGUCUGCACAUGUUCGAGGACUGGCUGGAACAGGAGCAGAGCAACCUGGGUCUCCUUUCACCCCUGGAUGGGGAUGUGAACACACUGGAGAAGACCCUGAAAGAUCUGCACAUGCUCCAGUCACGUUGCUCCGAGGGCCACGCCUUGCUGAAGUCAGCUCUGUCCAGCCGGGAGCGGGUGAUCCCUUGGGGCGUCCCUCAGAUCGAGGACAGGGCGUUGGAGACGGCGCAGAGAGAGUGGCAGGCGUAUCAGGACAGGCUGGAGAACACUCGAGCCAGCCUGGAGCAGACGCUCGUCAGACUGCAGCAGCUGGAGGGACGCUUCCAGAGCCUGGACCAGUGGCUGGUAGACAUCGAGCUCAAAGUCAGGCUGAGGAGCCACAGACGCUCCGAUUGUGCUGCUAAAGAUCUCCAGCUACAUCAGCUGCUGCAGUGGCAGGUGGAGGCAGUACAGAAGCAGUGUGAGAUGGAGGCUCUGAGUGCUUUAGCUCAGCAGGUUGUGGAAGACGCCCAUGUCAGCGCCCGGGUCAGCGCCCGGGUCACUCAGCUCACCACCCGCUACCACGCCCUCCUCCUGCGCAUACAGGAGACCAUCCGACAGCUCCAGGAGGAACUGAGGAGCAUCGGGGAAGCUCAGGACGCUCUCAGGACCUUCUCCGAUUGGCUGAGUGCGACGACGUCGGGAUUUAAAGCAGCCAGCGAAAGCGAGCAAGCCCCGGACCGGGCGUCUCUGGAGAGAAAGAUGAAAAAGCUGGAGUCUCUACAGCGCGAUGUGGACGAAGGCCACGCCCUGUUUAAGACCCUCUGCGAGAAAGCGGAGCAGGCCGUCUCCUUCCUGGACGACGGCGGAGCGUGUAAGAUGGAGAGGGAGGUCCAGGAGAGCCGAUCCCGGCUAGAAGAGCUCGGCCUGGGGUUACGAGCCGAGCACGGCGCCACGGAGAAGAGCACCGUGCUUUAUAAAGAGUUUCAGGAGCGUUAUAAGACCCAGCUGCAGUGGCUGAGAGAGACCCGAGCGCUGCUCGGCUCGUCUGCAGAACCCAAAGCGGAGCUCUACCAGAGAAAAGCCCAGCUGGCAAAGUACAAGGUGAUGGAGCAGUCUCUGCUGUCCCGGGACUCGGCUCUGGGUGCCAUGAUGGAGAAAGGGAAGAUCCUGCUGUCUCUCCUCCACUCUCCCUCCAUCACGGAGAACAUGGACAGACUGCAGAGCGACUAUCGGGAGCUGUGUAACACCGCUAGGACCCAGGUGCAGAAGCUGGAGGCUCAUGUAAAGAAACAGGAAGAGUAUCACACCGAACUCCAGGAAGUGGAACGGUGGCUGCUGCAGAUGUCCAGCCGGAUGGUGACCCCUGACCCCACUCCGGGCGGUGGGCUGGAGGCAGCAACGCAACAGCUGGCCAGACACAAGGCCAUCAUGGAGGAGAUUGCAGGCUUUGAGGAGCGUCUGGCGGGGCUGAAGGAGAGAGGAGACGAGCUGACGUCUGGCUGCACUGAGCGCCUCCAGGCUCGUCUUCGCCAGCAGAUCCAGAGCCACCUGCAGGGAGCACGAGACAGCUACUCGGCCAUCUGCAGCACGGCACAGCGCGUGUAUCAGAGUCUGGACAGGGAGCUGCAGAGGCAUGUUAGCCUGCGAGACACACUUCAGCAGUGUCAGACCUGGCUAUACAACAUACAGGAGGAACUGCAGCCACCUGCGCAAACACCACGCUACCUGGAGGAGGCGCUGAUCCAGCUGAAGCAGGAGCGAGCUCUUCAGGAGCAGGCCAGUACGUACCUGCAGCUGAUCUGCUCCACCUGUGACCUGUCGGAUGAGAAAGUGCAGGAGACCGCCGCGGAUAUCCAGCAAGUCAAAAUCCAGGUUGAGGAAAGGAUGCUCGAAUCCCAAGAACUGGCAGACAGCUGGAGGGAAAUCGAGAGCCUGCGUUCCGAUCUGGAGUCUCGUCUCCGAGAAGCUGAACACUUUCUGCAGAACAUGCUGAGAAGACCAGCAGAUCUCGAGCCAAUGGUCUCUCAGAAUCAGCUGGACCAGGCUCAGGACUUCAUCCAGGAGAUACAAGCCAGGCAGGCUGAUCUUACCAGCCUGAGAGAGAGCGUUGGUAGGCUGGUGCCAUCCCAGGAUUCACCUGAGCUGGUAGAAAUAGGUCGUCUGCGCAGAUCUUGGUUAGAGCUUGCAAAGCAGGCUGCAGAGCUGUUGGAGCAAAGAGAGGAGGAUCUUCAGAGGAGUGGGGAUUAUCAAGAGUGCUUCAGCAUGGCAGAAGAGCUGUUUGAGCAGUUGUCCAAGGAAUGGGAUUAUCUGUUCAGGGGGGAUAUGGAGAGCACUGCAGGGUGUUUAGACGCCUUGAAGAAGCUCUCCAUCGAUCUACAGGACCAGAGGUGUGUAUUAGAAGACUUGAGGGAUAACAAGAAUGCAAUCCUGUCACGCCUUAGUCUCGAGGACAAGGACCUUGUCAAGGAGCAGGUAGGUUACCUGGAACAACGCUGGACCCAAAUGGAAAUGCAGGUUGAACAGAAGAUACAGGAUACCGUUCAAACCCUUGAAGAAUUGAAUCAUUUAGAGGACCAGUUACGUGAAACCCAAGAGUGGGCUGAGGUGCAGCGACCAUCUCUUUCUGACGUGCUGAAAACCAGCCCCCCUCCGGACCUUGCUCAGAGCUUUUUAUUUGACCACUUGAGCUUUUGUGCAGAGCUAGAGGCUAAGCAGCAGUUCAUUAAUCAAUCUGUGUCUGAGGCUGAUGGCCUUUAUUCUCAUCUGGGAUUAAAUGAGAAAAGGAGACUGCAGACCUUGGUGCAGGACGUUCAAGCAGAGGUAGAAUCUCUUGGCUCGAAGGCAGCUCACCACCGCAAAAGCCUUAGUAAAGUAUUCACAGAGCGGACACAGUUCCUCCAGGCCUUGGACAGGGCUGCUGGAUGGAUCAAACAGCAAGAACAAAGGGUUCUAGCAGAUGAGCAUGUGGCACUCUUGCCAGAUGAGCUCUCCAAACAGGUGUCGAUUUGCAAGAACAUAUGUAGCAGCCUGAGGGCGUAUCAAGUGGAACUGACCUCGCUUUGGACACAAGGAAGGGAACUGGUAAAGGAUACAACAGAGGACGAGAAGGUGGAGACCCUUCAAAGGCUUGAGGAGCUUCAGGGCACUUUUGAAGCUUCCCUUCAGAGGUGCACACAUCAUUUGCAGCACCUGGAGAGAGCCCUGGUUAUUCGAAAGUACUUCAAAGUAGACCUGGAUAGAAUCUGCGAGUGGUUGAGACAUGCAGAAGCAGCCACAUUCCCUGUAAUAGACCUCAACAGGAAUGAUGUGGAGCUGCAGAACCAGUUAGCUAAAUACCAGCAGAUUUUGGAUCAUACCUCAGCAUACGAGAACCUAUUACUUAUUGUCCAGAGGGCAGGACAGGAAAUUCUUCCCACCUUAAAUGAGGUGGAUCACUGCUACCUGGAUGAGAAACUUAACGGCCUUCCGCAACAAUACAAUGCCAUUCUUUUGUCGACCAAAGAAAAGCGAGACAGGAUCCAACGAGUGAUUCUGGAACGCAGGGAAUUGGAGUCCCUCGUUGAAGUGACACGUAAAGCUUUGGAGGAACUUCAGGAGCAGUGUGAUGCCUUAGAGAAACAAUCAACUAGUAGAAAUCUUGAUGAUGGGGAAAGGUUACAUGGUGACUAUGAAGAGAUCCAGAAACGCCUUUCAAACCUUUUACAGGCAAUGAAUGAGCUGAAGAGUAAAACUCAGGACUUCCACUGCGCAGGACAACCAUAUACACGUGAGGUCAUUGACCAGCUAGCAAGUCUUUAUAGCAGACUUUGUCAAGCAACAAAGGAAAAGGUUAACCAACUCAACCGUACUUUGAAUGUACUAAAUGACUACAGGGCCACAAUCGCAAAAAUGGAUAGUGGCAUCGAUGCAGUCAAGGAGCAUGUGGACAAACUUAAUUCUGAGAAGCAGUUAGAUGCCAUGGAGAGAUUAUCCAAACUGCACAAACUGGCCAAAGAGCUAGACGAGAUUACUUCUUAUUCUGAAGGUCUGACCGGGAAGAUAGUGGAGUUCAACCAUGAUACCCUUAAGACUCAGGUUUCCAUGAAGGAGACGCAGCUUCAGGCCUUGAAAUCAAACAUUUUCAAAUGCAUAGAAGAAUGCGAACAUUGUGCUAAGUCGUGUGUUGGGGCUGAGCCUAGCUUCCAGACUGAGAUCAAAGAAAACUUGGUGUGGCUCAAGAUGGUUAGAGAAGAUCUCAGAGGUUUGUUUACUCUUCAGGAAAUAGAUGUUUGUGGUGUCCAGGAUGAGAUCAGAUCAGCAGAUGCACUUCAGAGAGAAAUGAAAUCUAGGCUCCAGUUGCUGAAAGUUUUAAGCCAAAAUGAGAGGCAAAGGUACAAGACUGCCGAACAGCCAUUCCCCAGUGACAUGGAGACCUGUUUGAAGGAUAUUGCAGACUUGGAGAGCGAGGUUCAGGAAUCCCUCUCAACCAAACAGGUGGUCUUGCAGUCAGCACUAUCCUUGCUACAAUUGCACCAAAGUGCCUUGAAAUCUACUUGCCAGUGGUUUGAAGACGCCGAUGCGGUCCUAAAGCAGAAGAACCAGAAACUAGAAUUGGAAGACCUUACAGAGAGCCUCAAGGAACUUAAACAAGUUUUGACCCAAGAACCGACUAUAAAGAAGGCGAUUCAGGAUAUCGAGGACAUUCUCCCUAAAAUGGUGGACUUUGUUGAUUCUGAUGUCAUUAUGAAACACAAAGAAGGCUAUAAGACCAUUUGUCAAAGGAGUACUGAGCUCAUGGAGCAGCUGAGAUGUCACCAAGAAACUUUAAACGGAUGUUCAACUCAGUGGACGUCAUUUAAGAAAGAUAGAGAAGGACUUAUAAGUGACCUUAGUGAAUUUGAGAGAAGAUUGGCUGGGUUCAGCACGGCAAAAUCGAGCUCUCUCCAAGAGGCUGAGGACAAACUUCGUUUUCACCAGGAUGUGGUGUUCCAACUGGAGGCUUGUCAGGAUAAACUGACGAACCUGAAAGAACAGUCGGAGCAGUUUGAUCUGAAGUCUGUGUCCAGUGCUGCAGUUUCACGUUCAGUCUGUGCACUUUCCCAGCGAUGGUCUCAGUUAACCAGUGUAGCUAAAGCACAGGAGAAGGCUCUUAAGGACACAGUGCAUGACUGGAGACGCUUCAUCGAGAAGCUGGAGAAGAUGAGGUCCGUGUCGGAGGACCUGCACAGCCGAGUUCCUGACAGCGUGGUGGAGAAAGCAGCCAGCACCGUGGCCCUACACAACCUGUUAGAGUAUCACGACUCCUUUAGCCGAGAGGUGGAGAGAGAGAACAGCGCCCUGACACUCCUCAGACACCACGCCCUCCACCUGCUCCUCCACUCUGAUACUGCAGGACUAAAGACACCCAGCGACCAGACCAGCUGUAUCAGCAACCAAACAACCAGGCUUGGAAAGCUGUCGGCCACGCCCGUCAGGCAACAGACCACGCCCAUCAAGCAGCAAACCACGCCAAGCAAGCCACUAACCUCAACCAGCAACCAAUCAACCGCACCCACUACACAGCCAGCCAUGCCCAACAACCACUUGGACACACCUAGCAAUCAAACAGCCACUCCCAGCAUACAGCUAACCACACCCACUACACAAUCAACCACGCCCACUACACAGCCAGCCAUGCCCAACGACCACUUGGACACACCUAGCAAUCAAACAGCCACGCCCAGCACACAGCUAACCACGCCCACUACACAAUCAACCACACCCAUUACACAGCCAGCCAUGCCCGACAAUCACUUGGACACGCCUAGCAAUCAAACAGCCACGCCCGGUACACAAUCAACCACACCUACUACACAGUCAACCAUACCCACUAUACAGCCAUCCACACCUAGUACACAAUCGACCACGCCUACUACACAGUCAACCAUACCCACUACACAGCCAGCCACACCCAGUACACAAUCAACCACACCCACUACACAGCAUGCCACACCCAACAACCAUUUAGACACGCCUAGCAAUCAAACAGCUCCGCCCAGCACGCAGCCAACUACGCCCAGCAGCCACUUAGACUCACCUAGCACACAGCCAGCCACACCCAAAUGCCAAACAACCACACCUAUCAAACAUCUGGCCACACCCACCAAGCAGGCCAAUAAACCCAGCAGUGAAGAUGCUUUCUGUCUGCAGGAGAUUCAGGCAAUGCAGGAGAAAUACGAGAGCCUGCUACAGAAAGUGUGCGUGAGCCGGCAGCAGGUGCAGGUGGAGCUGCUGGAGCGAGAGGAGGUGGAGAGGGAGCUGGGACUCGUUAAAGGCUGGAUCCAGGACACACAGGGCCUGUUACUCAGCCCUACAGCUGACCUGGACACCCUGCUCUCUGACCUAGAGACGGCUCACGGCGGUGUUCAGUCUCAGCGGCAAGCUCUGGAGAAGAUCGCGGAUCGCCAGCAGAUGAAAUACAAAGACCUCCAUGCCACUGUUCCCUCUGAGAUCAGCACCCAGCUGGCACAGGUCACACUGGCACUGGGCUCGGCAGAGGACCAGGUGCAGAUCCGAGAGAGAGAAGUGCAGCACAGCAGAGAUGUUAAAGAAGACUUUACUGCCAGACUGAAGGACAUCUCAGAGAAAGUCUGCGCCAUCUCUGUGAAACUGAAGCAGAAGAGCGUGGAUGUAGAAGAGGCCAAAGUGGAGACGAAGACUCUGCGUGAGGAGCUGGAGGACUGCUCUCAUGCUCUCUCUGAGUUGGACGUGGCCGUGCAGGAGUUCGGUGAGCAGAACCCGCUCCUGGCUCGACAGCUGGGCGCCACGCUGAGCAAACUCGCCGAGCUCCACUCUCAGACCAGCAGACUCGCUGAGGGAAGGAACACACGGAUUAAGAAGGCCGAGCAGCACUUUGAGGAGUUUAACGAGAGACUGAGUCUCAUACUGAACUGGACGGAAAAAGCCGAGACUCUAGUUUCCUCCGACAUCGUGUGGAGCCCCGCCUCCAUGAUGCAGGAGCAAAUCAGAACACACCAGGCGCUGCUGCGGGAGUGGCGGAGGCUGCAGGGCGAGAUGGAGGCGCUGAUGGAGAGAGUGGGGCUGUUGGGAGAGGUGGUGCACACUGACGCACUUCACCAGCAGGUGGCAGAGCUGAGCCAUCACGCCGAGGAGCUGCAGCAACGCGCCAAAACACGCCUGCUGAAUCUACAGGACGCUGCGAAGGAUCUGAGCAGGCUGGAGAGCGAGGUGAAGAGCCUCCACCGGUCUAUAGAGAGAGUUCAGGAGACGCUGACGUCCCCGGAGCUGGCGCGCCUCAGCCUCAGAGAGCAGCUGCUCCAGAGACAGCACCUGCUGACAGAAAUGGAGGGCUUUAAGGUGCAGGUCCAGGCCGUACAGAAGUGCAUGAGCGCUCUGCAGCUGCCCGAGGACGCCGUGGUGACCUUACCCCUGUGUGUCACCGCGCAGAGUCUACAGCAGGACAGCAGCCAUCUCCAACACACCACCAUACAGCAGUGCAAUAUACUGCAGGAGGCCGUGGUGCAGUACGAGCAGUAUGAACAGGAAGUGAAGAACCUUCAGAAGAUGAUCGAGGAAGCGCAGCGUGUUAUUCAGGACCGACCCGUCGCUACGGGCAACAUCCACGAGCUCCAGACGCAGAUCCAGCACCACGAGGAGCUGGCCCAGAAGAUAAAAGGCUACCAGGAGCAGAUCGCAGCCCUGAACUCCAAGUGUAAGAUGCUGACGGUGAAGGCCAAGCACGCCACCAUGCUGCUAACGGUCAGCGAGGUAGGGGGGCUCUCGGACGGCCUGGAGGAACUGGAGGAUGAAGAGGAGGAGAUGGCCAAACACCCCACAACACACCCCUCGGUCGUCAUGAUGACCGCGGGCCGAUGUCACACUCUCCUGUCUCCCGUAACGGAGGAGUCGGGUGAGGAGGGCACCAACAGCGAGGUCUCCUCCCCUCCGGCCUGCAGAUCCCCCUCACCCGGGCCUAACGCUGACGUCUCCCUUAACCAGGCUCCAGGAAGGGCCCCGUUAAGUCGCGCUCCUCUACAGGAGCUGUACGACCAGUCCAUGGAAUCGGCCGCCACGUCUAACCUGGAUGACUUACAGCGCUCGUGGGAAACGCUGAAGAACGUGAUCAGCGAGAAACAGAAGAGUCUGUACGAGGCUCUGGAGAGGCAGCAGCACUACCAGGAGUCUUUACAGUCCAUCUCCACCAAGAUGGAGUCCAUCGAGGCUUCACUCAACGAAGGGCUCGAACCUGGAAAGAGUCCUGAGAGCCAGAUGGCGGCUCACCAGGCGCUGAUGGACGAGAUCCUGAUGCUGCAGGAUGAGAUCGGCGCUCUGCAGGCGUGUUUCUCGGAGGAGCUCCAGCGGGAUGAGGAGAGCCCCGAGCAGGACGCCGGUGACCAGCUGGCACUGCACUCCACCCUCACCGUGCUGGGAGAACGCAUGGCCACCAUCCGCAUGAAGGCCUCGGGCAAGCGCCAGCUCCUGGAGGAGCGCCUGAACGAGCAGCUGGAGGAGCAGAGACAGGAACAGGCCCUGCAGCGUUACCAUAGCGAGGCAGAGGAGCUCGAUCAUUGGUUGCUCAGCACGCGGGCGACGCUUAACUCCGCCCUCCAGCCGCAUCCAGAGGACAUGGACAUGGAGGAGCAGCUGAUCGACUGUCAGAACAUGCUGUUGGAGAUCGAGCAGAAGGUGCUGUGUCUGUCCGAGCUGUCCGUACACAGCGAGAGCCUCCUGCUGGAGGGGAAGGCGGGCAUGCGCGGAGACGCCGAGCAGCUCACGGUCAAACUGCACAGCCUCAAAGCCAGUCUGCUGGAGCUGCAGCGCAUCCUCCAGGACAAACACACACACAUCCAGGGUUCUUUAAUGGAGCAGGAGGAGAGCGAGCCAGAUUCGUCGUUGUCUCAGAGCCCCAGCGUACUGGACUGGCUCAGUCAGGCUCGGUCCACUCGCAGCCAGCAGCACCAGGACACGAUGCAGAGGCACCGGGAAUUAGAGGCGCAGCUUGAGGAGCAGAGGAAGCUGAUGCAGUCUGUCGCCUGCCGAGGGGAGGAGCUUCUCUCACAGCAAACCACGCCCAAUGGAGAGAGUGCUGCAGAUCUGCAGGACAUGUCGGAUCCGGGUGAGAGUGCGAGUGUGAGCGAACAGGAUCGCAUGAGGAUGAAGUGGGAGAAUCUGAGUAAAGACCUGAACACCAAGCUGCAGCUUUUAUUCAACACCAUGCAGGAGGAGCAGCUCAGCUCGGUGUAUCAGCGAUCUCGAGUGUCCAGCCCAGGAAGUCUUUUCAGAGGGGAUCAGCUCACACCGGACGUUUUUUCCCCCAGUGCUUUGUUUGAGACUUUUAACCACAAACUGGAGGAACUAGCUGAGGCUGAUGUUAAACACGCUCACACUCGGGAGAAGACUCUAUACGAGGCGGUGUGUUCAGCCUCCACCUGGCUGGACGGUGCAGAGAACAGUCUGCUCUCCGGCCCUGUGCUGCUGUCUGACGACUCGGAGAUUCAGCUGUGUCAUUUAGAGGGUUUGAAUAAGGAGGUGAAGAAUGUCAGCGAGGAGGUGCAUAAGUGUCGGGAGGUGCAGGAGGGAUGUGACGAAGGAGGUGAUGACUUGAUCGAGGAGGUCCUGGAUGGACUGGAUGAGCGUCUGAGAUUGAUGGACUCACUGCUUGAGCAGAGAUGUGACAGUAUUAGAGACAGACUGAAGGAACAUACCACUUUUCAGGCCGAACUGAGGCAGUUAUUUGCCGCUAUGAGCGACUCAAAGCAUCAGCUGCUGCAGAAGAUGUGUGGAGCUGCAGAUCGUCCAGCGUCCAAGCAGCUGGAGACUCUGGCUGAGGCAGAGGACAGUCUGAGGGAGUUUGAACAGAGAGUGUGUGAGAUGAGGACUAAAGGAGAAACGCUGCAGUCAGACCCAGUGACCACACAGGAGCUGCUCAGACUACAGGACAUGUAUGAGGAGCUGGUGGAGAUGGUGGGCUCGAGGCGGAGCGCUCUGAACCAGACGCUGGUGUUGAAGGCGCAGUAUGAGAAAGCUUUACAGGACCUGCAGGAGCUCGUGGACACGGCGCAGGACAAAAUGUCCGCCGAUCAGAAGAUGACCGCAGGCUCUGUGCUCGAGGUUCAGAUCCUCCUGGACAAACACAAGGAGUUUUUUCAGGGUCUGGAGGCCCAUGUGGUGCUGACACAGGCCUUCUUCAGGCAGGUCAGUGCGGUGAUGGUGCAGAGAGAGGCUCAGAUUCUGGAGCAGACCGUAGCUCAGGCUCACACCGUCCUCAAACAGGCUCACAGGAGAGGAGUGGAGCUGGAGGGCAUCCUGGAGGAGUGGAGCAGGUUUGUUGGAGAUUAUCAGGCUCUGUAUAAGCAGUUGGAGGUGGUGGAGAGCAGCAUUCCUGCCGUGGGGCUGGUGGAGGAGACGGAGGAGAGACUGAGUGAGAGGAUUGCACUUUACCAGUGUCUGAAGAGCACUCUGGUGGAGCGCCAGCAGCAGCUCUAUCAGGUUCUAGAGGACGGGAAGAGACUGUUACUGAGUGUGUGCUGCUCAGAGCUCGAGGCUCAGCUCACUCAGCUCGGAGAACACUGGCUGAGCAGCACCACCAAAAUUAGUAAAGAGCUACAGCGCCUCGACUCCACGCUCAAACACUGGACCAGGUAUCAGAGCGACUCAGCAGAACUGGGUCAGUGGUUGUCCUCGGCUCUGGACAGACUUGAGUUCUGGAGCACGCAGUCCGUUACCGUUCCUCAGGAGCUGGAGACGGUCCGAGACCACCUGCACGCAUUCCUGGAGUUCUCUAAAGAAGUGGACGCUAAAUCGUCCCUGCGCUCGUCUGUCCUGAGCCGCGGGAACCAGCUUCUGAGACUGAAGAAGGUGGACACGGCAGCGCUGCGGACUCACCUGGGCCAGGUGGAGACGCAAUGGGCGGAGCUUCUCACACGCAUCCCUGUGGUGCAGGAGAAACUACACCAGCUGCAGAUGGAGAAACUGGCGUCCCGUCACGCCAUCACCGAGCUGAUGAGCUGGAUUUCCCUCAUGGAGAACGUCAUCCAGGAGGACGAGAGCAAGAUCCUAGAAGCUGUGGGCUCGGAGGUGGUGCAGGCCUACAUCCAAAAAUACAAGGGUUUCGGGAUCGACCUGUCCUGUAAGCAGCUGACGGUGGACUUUGUGAACCAGUCGGUGCUGCAGAUCAGCAGUCAGGACGUGGAGGGGAAGCGCAGCGAUAAGACCGACUUUGCCGAGCGUCUGGGAGCCAUGAACCGGCGCUGGCAGAUUCUUCAGGGCCUCAUCACCGAGAAGAUCACGUUGUCGGAAAGUUUACUCGAGAGCUGGCUGGAGUAUGAAAACGGAGUUCAGACCCUGAGAACCUGGAUCAGCACACAGGAGGAAAAACUGAAGAAGAAACCCAGGAUCGAGGACGUGGCGUCUGUGCAGAACCUGCUGAAAGACUGCCAGGAGCUGGAGGAGUUGGUGAAAGAGAAAGAGAAGGAUCUGGAGAAAGUGGAGGAAAAAGGAUGCUCGCUCAUCCAGGGCAAGAAAGGAGACGCCUCGGCUGUCGUCAUGGAAACGAUUAAAGGGCUCAACCAAGCUUGGACCAACUUGGACCAGAUGGUUGGCCAGGUAAAGAUCAGUCUGCGUGCCGUACUGGAGCAGUGGAGUCUGUACAAGCGAGCGUCUGAGGAGAUCCAUGGCUACCUGAUGGAGGGACAGUACUCCAUCUCGCGCCUCAGGCUCCUCACCGGUUCUCCUGAGGCCGUCCUGGUGCAAGUGGAGAACCUGGAGAGUCUACAGGAGGAGCUGGAGAAGCAGGAGAGCAGCGUGAAGAAGUUCGGCUCUCUCACCGAGCAGCUGCUGAAAGACUGUCACUGCACCGUGGCUGAUUCUCUCAACACCACCCUCAUCGAGAUCAACCACAGGUGGAACUUGCUGCUGGAGCAGAUCUCGGAUCAGUUGAGGAGCAGUAAGAACCUGCUGCAGCUGUGGCAGCGCUAUAAAGAGCUUCAUGAGAGCAGCAGUAAGGACGUGCAGAGACUGGAAGAGAGGGCGGAGUGUUUACUCAACAGCUCCGCCCACACCGAGACCACGGAACAGGAAGUGAAGACCUGGAUCCAUGACUGUGAUGACUUACUGAAGGCUCAUGGCUCGGUCCAUGCCACGCUGCAGCAGCUGACUGAUGUGGAGGAACAGCUGAGGCUGCAGGUGGAGCCGUCAUCCAUGGCAACCUUCCACACAGACUACCUGUCACUCAUCCGGCGCCUAGCAACAGUCGGACACGCCCUCCACAGACAGCAGGCUGUGAUAGAGGCGAGUGUGAAGGACUACGAGAGCUUCAGAAAGGAGCUGCAGUGUCUGAGUCGGUGGCCGGAGGAGGCGCAGGAGGUGCUGAAGGAGUCGGAUCCGGCCGCGUCUGCAGAUCUGUCCUCUGUGCAGGAACGCAUGGAGAAACUCAAGAUCCAGAUGCUGAAUCUGAGUCGUCUGUCUCCUGAUCUGGAGCGGUUAAACAACCUGGGCUACAGACUUCCUCUAAACGAUCAGGAGAUCAAAAACCUUCAGAACCUAAACAGGAGCUGGACGUCUACCUCGGCACACAGCACGGAGAGAUUCAGUAAGCUACAAGCCUUGGUGCUGCAGAGACAGAGUUUCCUGGAGAAGUGUGAGACGUGGCUCGGCUUCCUGACCCAGACGGAGGAAAAACUCGGUGCUGAGAUCUCGGGAAAUUACCAAAGCCUGUUAGAGCAGCAGAGAGAGCACGAGCUGUUCCACACUGAGAUGUUCAGUCGACAGCAGAUCCUCUACUCCAUUAUUAGUGACGGCCAUCAGCUCCUGAAUCAGGGACGAGUGGAAGACAGAGACGAUUUUGGCCUGAAGUUGGCGCUGUUGAGUAAUCAGUGGCAGGGCGUGGUGCGGAGAGCGCAGCAGAGGCGGGGCAUCAUCGACGCGCUGGUGUGUCAGUGGCAGCGCUACACUGAGCUCUCUGACAGGCUGAGACACUGGCUGCAGGAGGCGGCUCUAGAACCGGACGAGGAACCGCAGCAGCAGCAGGAGCAAGGACGCGUCACGGCACUACAGCAGGCCCGAGGAGUUCUCGACCACAUCCAGCUGAAGGAGCGGGUGCUACAGAGGCAGCAGGGCAGCUACAUCUUGGCGGUGGAGGCGGGACGGCAGCUCCUCCUCUCGGCCGACGCCCAGGCAGAAGCGCUGCUGCAGGAGGAGCUGACGGAGAUACAGGAGCGAUGGAGGAGCGCCAGCAUCCGUCUGGACCAGAGGAAGAAGGAGCUGCUCUCGCUGUUAAAGGACUGGGAACAGUGUGAGAAAGGAAUUGCUGCGUCACACGAGAAGCUGAGAGCAUUUAAGAGGAAGCUCUCUCUGCCUUUACCUGAUCACCACGAAGAGCUGCACAAUGAGCAAAUCCGCUGCAAGGAGUUAGAGGGCAGCACAGACGGUUGGGCGGACGACGUGGCCGCUCUGUGUGCGCUCAGAGACUCGCUCUCGAGCAGCCUGAGCUCCGACGACCUCACGGUCCUACAGGAGAGACUAGAGCUGCUGCAGAGGCAGUGGGAGGAGACGUGUCACCAGCUAGCCCUACGUAGGCAGCAGGUGAGUGAGAAGCUGAACGAGUGGGCAGUGUUCAAUGAGAAGAACAAGGAGCUGUGCGAGUGGCUGACUCAGAUGGAGAGUAAGGUGUCUCAGAACGGAGACAUCACCAUCGAGGAGAUGAUCGAGAAGCUCAGGAAGGACUAUCAGGAGGAGAUCUCUGUAGCGCAGGAGAAUAAGCAGCAGUUGGAGCUCAUGGGCGAGAGAUUGGCUCAGGCGAGUCACGAGAGCAAAGCGGCUGAGAUCCAGUACAAACUGAGUAAAGUGAACGAGCGCUGGCAGCACCUGCUCGACCUCAUCGCAGCCAGGGUAAAGAAGCUGAGGGAGACUCUGGUGGCGGUGCAGCAGCUGGAUAAGAACAUGAGCAGUCUGCGUUCGUGGCUCACACACAUCGAGACGGAGCUGUCACGGCCCAUCGUCUACAAAACCUGCGACGCAAACGAAAUACAGAAGAAACUCAGCCAGCAGCAGGAUUUGCAGCGGGACAUUGAGAAGCACAGCACGGGCGUGGCCUCGGUGUUGAACCUGUGUGAGGUGCUGCUGCACGACUGCGACGCCUGCGCUACCGAGAGCGAGUGCGACUCCAUCCAGCAGGCCACGCGCAGCCUGGACCGCCGCUGGAGGAACAUCUGCGCCUUGGCCAUGGAGCGCAGGCUCAAGAUCGAGGAGACCUGGAGGUUGUGGCAGAAGUUUCUGGAUGAUUAUUCGCACUUCGAGGACUGGCUGAAGGCGUCGGAGAGAACCGCGGCUCUGCCCAACUCGUCCGGCGUGCUCUACACCAUCGCUAAAGAGGAGCUGAAGAAGUUUGAGGCGUUUCAGAGGCAAGUGCAGGAGUGUUUAACUCAGCUGGAGCUCAUCAAUAAGCAGUACCGGAGGCUGGCGCGUGAGAACCGCACAGACUCAUCCUGCCGACUUCGCCAAAUGGUGCAUGAUGGGAACCAGCGCUGGGACACGCUGCAGAAGAGAGUGGCGGCCAUCUUGCGCAGGCUGAAGCACUUCAUCGGGCAGCGUGAGGAGUUUGAGACGGUCAGAGACGGGGUUCUGGUGUGGCUGACCGAGAUGGACCUGCAGCUCACCAACAUCGAGCACUUCUCCGAGUGUGACGUUCAGGCCAAGCUCAAACAGCUCAGGGCGUUCCAGCAGGAGAUUGAUCUGAACACGGGGAAGAUCGGGAGUGUGUUCGGUCAGGGUGAAGCUCUGAUGGAGAAGAGCGAGCCUCUGGACGCUGCUGUGAUAGAGGAGGAGCUGGACGAGCUGCAGCGGUACUGCAGGGAAGUGUUCGGCCGCGUCGAUCGAUACUACAGGAAGCUCACACGCCUGCCGCUGGCUGACGACGACUGUGACGGUUCAGAUCGGGAGUUUGACCUCGAUGGCUCGAGUGACCUCUCUGACCUCCAGUGGGAGGAGGGGAACUCUUUACCCAGCACCAACAGCCGGACCGCGUCCGUCAGCCCGGCGCCGCUGCGCGCUAACUGCUCGGGUCGGGAGACUCCGGCCAGCGUGGACUCCAUCCCCUUAGAGUGGGACCACGACUACGACCUUGAGCCCAUGGGUCAUACCAUGUCAUCGAAAAAGAAGGGGCGGGGCGAAGAGGACGAGGACGUUGCAUGCGGCACUACUGCAGCUCUCAAAGACGUAGUGAUUCCCGAGAGUCCCGAGGCUUAUAUAAAACUGACAGAAAGCACGCUGAGGUCCUCCUCCGGCGACCCGGCGCGUCACGUCCUGGACCUCGACAGCCACAACACAUCGUACAGCGGUUACAUGCGUCUGAUGGGAGACUGUCGGGGCAGCAUAAACGCUCUGAAGAGAGCCGAGGGAGAACUGGAGGAGGAAGAGAGCGACCUGGAAGGAUUAAACAACCCCGAGAACGCGGAACCACAGAACACAGGUGUGAUUGAGCGCUGGGAGCUCAUCCAGGCUCAGUCCCAUAACUCCAACGAAGACCUGCUGCUAUGGCAACAGCUGACCUCUGACUUGGAGGAUAUGGAGGCGUGGCUUAGCCAGACAGAGGAGGAGCUGGCUGAGCUGAAGGGGAGGGACUUGAGCACGGAUAUACACACUAUCGACCAAAGGAUCAGAAAACUCAAGGAUCUGCAGAAGGAGGUGGACACCCAUAAGCCCACAGUGCUGUCCAUCAACCUGAGCAGUGUCAGGCUCGUCCAAUCAGACGGCGAGGAGAGCAGGAAGCUGAGGAGGAGGCUGAAGGAGAUGAACUCCCGCUGGGACCGACUGAGUAAAGCUCUGCAGCAGUGGAGAGCAGCGCUACAGGACGCGCUAAUGCAGUGCCAGGAGUUCCACGAGCUGAGUCACGGCCUCCUGCUCUGGUUAGAGAACAUCGACCGGAGGAGGAACCAAAUCGUUCCCAUCGCGACGGGACUGGACCAUCACACACUCCGAGCCCAUUACAGAGCGUUACAGAAAAUCGAGCAGGAGCUGCGUGAGACGGAGCGCAGCGUGAGCGGCCUGCAGGAGCUGUCGGUGCAGCUGCUGGUGCAGUCGCAGGGCAGCGAGAGUCUGGAGGCGCAGGAGCGAGUGCACGUCAUCGGGAACCGCCUCCGCCUGCUGCUCAACGCCGUCACCUCCGACCUGCAGCUGCUGGAGAGACGGCUCCGGACCUCAGGAGACACACACGUGCCGUCGGCGUGGGCUGCGGUCGACGACGCGGACUCGUCCGGAUCGGCCAGUCCCGUGUCUGUGGUCAGCGUCCCUGUCCAGCAUCACACGCUACGGAGCAAAUGUAAUGUGUCAGGAGCAGCAUCCUCGGCCAGCCUGCCGCACCACAGGUCCCCCGGGGUUUCUGCGUGCGCUUCCUCUCGCUGUGGUUCCUCCGGGCCACGCGGUGGCGCUGCUGCGGCUCGCUGCCAGCCCUUCCUGCUGCGGGUCCUGCGGGCGGCUCUGCCUCUGCAGCUCCUGCUGCUGCUCAUCGUGGGUUUGGCGUGUCUGGUGCCCAUCACUGAGGAGGAUUACAGCUGCGCCAACCACAACAACUUCGCCCGCUCCUUCCACCCCAUGCUGCGCUACACCAACGGACCCCCACCCAUUUGAGCCCCACCCCCACACACGUCCCACAGGAGGCGGGACAAUAUGAAGUGAAUUCAUAAGACUGUCUAUUAGCCAAAGUUGAUUAUUUGAAUAUUAUCCAUGUACAGGUAAAUACCGCUGCUAGUUUGAUAUUUUUUUUUUUUUUUUUUUUUUAAACUUUAAAUUAUUGAUUGCAAUCAGAAGUGUAACGACGAUCUGAUCCUUAACCGAAACCCGACCGGGAUCCUUCGGGGAAAAAGUUCAUCAGACUUUUUAUAGCACUGACUCGAGCGUAUUUUAAAAGGUACUGCACUUGAACCGUCCAGCGAAAUCGCCAACGCCGUUUGCUUACUUUGUGAAAAUUUAUUUUUUCAUUUAAAGAUUGUAUUUGAGAUACAAAAAGCUAUAUGAAAUUUCACGUAACGUGAUUUUGAUAAGUAUUUGAAUGCCCUUUAAAAUAUGUUGUAUUUAUUUCAGUUUUUUGUUUUUUUUGUUGUUGUUUUUUUUAAACUUUACUCACGGCAUGCGGUUGAUGCAUUUUUUAAAUUUUUUUUUAUUUUUAACACUAAACAAUCACUGAUAGUUACUCGUCUGUACGAGCCAAGCGUUUUGUUUUCUCUAAAUACUAGUAGCUCACUAGGUUGUUUAAAAAAAAAAAAAAAAAAAAAGUAUAAAACAUCCAUUAUGAAAUCGUCAGUGCUUAUUUAUGAGUGUACAGUUUAUUAACACUGGCAGUAAAGAAGGCCUUUCUGAUUAAUAUAUACA